AUGCUUAAGGCUAAUCGAGGGAGCGUCCUCCGUGAAGAUGUUCAAGGUUUAUUUGGAAUGCAGUGCCGAUACCUAGUUAAUGAUGUGACUACUGACCCAAGGUUGGAUGUGAAGGUGGACGAUGAAAACGAUGCAGGAGUGUAUAAGGUUGUCAAGGAGAAGUGUAGUGACGGGGGUGACGAUACAGGAGUGUAUAAGGUUGUCAAGGAGAAGUGUAGUGACGGGGGUGACGAUGAAGGAGUGUAUAAGGUUGUCAAGGAGAAGUGUAGUGACGGGGGUGACGAUGCAGGAGUGUAUAAGGUUGUCAAGGAGAAGUGUAGUGACGGGGGUGACGAUGAAGGAGUGUAUAAGGUUGUCAAGGAGAAGUGUAGUGACGGGGGUGACGAUGAAGGAGACGGGGCACCAUUACAUGGGCGAGCAGGAGACAAUGGUGAGGCUGGCCCUAGGAACGGUGAUGCUGGCCCUAGGAACGGUGAGGCUGGCCCUAGGAACGGUGAGGCUGGCCCCAAGAACGGUGAGGCUGGCCCCAAGAACGGUGAGGCUGGCCCUAGGAACGGUGAGGCUGGCCCUAGGAACGGUGAGGCUGGCCCCAAGAACGGUGAGGCUGGCCCCAAGAACGGUGAGGCUGGCCCCAAGAACGGUGAGGCUGGCCCUAGGAACGGUGAGGCUGGCCCUAGGAACGGUGAUGCUGGCAUUAGGAACGGUGAGGCUGGCCCUAGGAACGGUGAGGCUGGCCCUAGGAACGGUGAGGCUGGCCCCAAGAACGGUGAGGCUGGCCCCAAGAACGGUGAGGCUGGCCCUAGGAACGGUGAGGCUGGCCCUAGGAACGGUGAGGCUGGCCCUAGGAACGGUGAGGCUGGCCCCAAGAACGGUGAGGCUGGUCCUAGGAACGGUGAGGCUGGCCGCAAGAACGGUGAUGCUGGCCCUAGGAACGGUGAGGCUGGCCCUAGGAACGGUGAGGCUGGCCCUAGGAACGGUGAGGCUGGCCCCAAGAACGGUGAGGCUGGUCCUAGGAACGGUGAGGCUGGCCGCAAGAACGGUGAGGCUGGCCCUAGGAACGGUGAGGCUGGCCCUAGGAACGGUGAGGCUGGCCCCAAGAACGGUGAGGCUGGUCCUAGGAACGGUGAGGCUGGCCGCAAGAACGGUGAGGCUGGCCCUAGGAACGGUGAUGCUGGCAUUAGGAACGGUGAGGCUGGCCCUAGGAACGGUGAGGCUGGCCCUAGGAACGGUGAGGCUGGCCCCAAGAACGGUGAGGCUGGCCCUAGGAACGGUGAGGCUGGCCCUAGGAACGGUGAGGCUGGCCCUAGGAACGGUGAGGCUGGCCCUAGGAACGGUGAGGGUGGCCCCAAGAACGGUGAGGCUGGCCCUAGGAACGGUGAGGUUGUCCCUAGGAACGAUGAGGCUGGCCCUAGGAACGGUGAGGCUGGCCCCCAAGAACGGUGA